AUGUCCAGGCCAGUGAUAUGUCCUGUGAGUGUGGGGGCUACGGCCCCCGAGUCUCUCUCCGUGUUACAGCGGCGUCUCCAGACAGCUGAGGAGCAGACAGAGGAGUUAUUGAGGGGUCUGGGCUCUUUAGGACUGUCUGCAGACCAGCUGCUCAUGAACUCAUCAGACGGAAACACCUCCAAGCGUCCAGUCAGUCCAGUGAACAUUUAUCGGGCCCUGGGUGCCAGUGGAGAGAGGUUGUUGUGGAGACAGUGUGAGACUCUCGUUGCACGAAUGUGCCGAUUGGAGAGUCUUUUGCACACUCUUAAACUCACAACCUUCCGACUGGAGACAGACAGAGAACUCAAUCCAUCCCACACGGCACAUCUACAGGAGAAGUUAUCCACCCUUCAGGGGCAGUAUGAAGAUGAGCAGCGCUCCUCACGACGGGAUGUGCUGCAUUUGAAGGAUCAGCUGCAGCAGUCAUGUGAAGAGAAGGAGGAGGCGCAGAGGGAGGUGGUCAGACUCAGGGAGGCGCUGGAUAGCUCCAGAUCUGCUAAGAAGAGAGAGCAGAUGUCGCAAGAGACCAUAGAGCUGUCCCACAAUGCACUGCUGCUUAGAGUGGAGGAGAUGGAGCGAGUGGUAGAGAGAGAGAGAGCACAGGUGGAGGUUCUUCAAGCAGACUGCCAUGCUCUGCGAGCUGAUGGACAGGCAAAGAGGGUGGAGCUUAGAAAGAGGGAGGGGCAAAUUCUGGGCCUGGAGAGAGAUUGUCAGCAGCUCAGAGAGCAUUCGAGUGUGAAAGACACUCUUAUAUCACAGCUGACCAAAGAGAUAAAGAGUGUGAAAAUGGCUCUGCAGAAACAGCAGCAGGAGAACAGCAGACUCAUUAAGGAUGGAAAAGACCUCAGAGCAGCUGCAGAUCAAGUGCAGGUGUUGAAUGAUAAGUUAGAGGUUCAGUGUUCAGAGUUGAGCACUUCACUUCACUCGUUAACACUCGAAAACACUCGACUGCAGACAGAGUACCAGAACAAUAUUAAGGUGGAACACCUUCAGGGGCAGAAUAUGCUUUUGGACACAGCCAGGAGGAACAUUCAGGCUGAACUACAGGGCACAAUAUCAGACAAACUCAUCCUACAGAGAGAACUUGAGUCCUUGAAGGCGGAGCAUGCCAAACUGCAGCAGAGUUCCGCUGUUGCCCAGGAGACAGCAGUCAUUCAUCAGCAGAUGUUGGAACAAACCACUGAAAGCCUGCAGGGGGAGCUCACCUGUGUCGUAAGAGAGAAAGAGACCAUGAGGAAAGAGAGGGAUCAGAUAAAGAGUGAAAUGAGCUCAGCCAUGAUUUUGCUGGAAAAAGAGAAGAACGUUCUAGAAACACAGUUUUCAGAGAUGCAGGUGGAGUUGACCACAUUGAACUCAAUGCUGCAGAAACAGCAGGAGGAGAACAAGGAGCUGAUGAAGAGUCUGACAGCCAUGGAGCAUCAGCAGGUAACACAUCGUCAUGUAGAACAGAUGCUCUGGGAGUUGACAGACAGCAAGAACAUACUGGCCUACGAGAAGGGCAAGUUGCAGGCACGAGUGCAGCAGAUGGGAGAUGACCUAAAGACAUUAAAAGCAGAAUGUACUCAUCACUGUCAGACAAAUACUGCACUGCAGAACACUUACACACAGACACAAAGGGAGAACCAUACACUCAAAGAGCAGCUCAACACACUACAGCAACAAUACAGAUACACGAAUGAAGUAACGCAGACACUGGAGAAUGUCCUGGCAUCCCAUACUCGUCUACAACAGAACACUCAAACACUGCAUGCAGAACUGGGAGAAAAAGCACUGGAGCUACAUACACUCAAGGGAGAGAGACUGCAGGCUAUGAAAGAGAAUCAGCGGCUUAAAACUGAAGUGGAAAGUCUACACAUGUUGACACAAACAAUGAACAAUGAGAAGGUUGAAUCUUUGCAAAAAGCCCUCGAUGAAUCUCAACUCAACAACAAGAAACUUGCCCAGAGUUUACAGCAGGCCUUACACGGAAACCACUCAGGACAAGAGAAACUAAAGACACUCAGCGAGAGGGAGGCGGAGCUUAUAGAAGCUAGGGAGGAAAUUCAUAGAUUGAAAGACAAUGUGGAUUCCCUCAAGAAUCUACUCAAAAUAGAAAAAGACUCCGGGAGGAAGUCAACACAGCGGCUGAAGAAGGCACUAAAUGUUGCAUCCGUGAAGUCAGGUGACCUUUCAAAAGCCAAUCAGGAGCUUGAAGAAAAGGUGUCUGAGCUAGAGAACCAGGUGUCCAAUCAGAAAGCUCAGCUGAAGCAGUAUUUGGACAACAGAGCAGCUCUGAACAACUCACUGAGAAUCAAGGAUUUGGAAGCAGAAAUCGAAAGUCUUGAAGAAGCAAAGGAUGAAUAUAAGAGGAGAAGUUAUGAACAGUCUCAGUGUUUGCUGCAGCUGAAUUCUGAGAUGGCUUCUCUCCAGACUGAGCUGCAGUGUCUGGCCUCCACCCAGCAGGGGGAGCUACAGGGCGAGCGAGAUCUCAACCGCACGCUGCAGGAGAAAUGUCGGCAUCUAGAGGAGAGUUUGAAACAGCUCCAGGACGAGAGAGAUGAGACAGAAGUGAGACUGAGGGAGGUCUGUCUAGAGUCACAGCAGAUCACAAAGAUCAUGGACGAGGACCACAAAGAUCUGUGCUCUAUAUCGGAGAGCUUUAAUAAUGAGGUCGAGCUACAGAAACACACCGAGAGCUCAUGGAGGACAGGAGGAGAUUGCACACUGUCUACUCUGGCUCAGGAUAGAGGCAAGCCUCACGUUUACUUUUUUGACCCUGAACUGGAGCCAUGGGCCUCCACACUACAGCGCUGGGAGACCAAGAAAGAGCUGGCACGUAUAGCUGCUGGUUACAAACCCACGAGGCGCGUACACACACUGACAUAGUGCUGUCUAAUUACACACACCAGCUCAUUUGUAUCACUACGAAGUGCCUUAAGAACAUAUACAGUAGAUCAUGGAGAAGUACCUCAGUGUGUAAUCUACAUGAAUAGAAAUAUCUUGAUAUGUUAGUAUGCAGUAAAAUUGGGGAAAUAUCAAGAAUAUAUGCAAUCAAAUUCCAAGCAUUUUUGUUGCUUUUGUAAUUACUUGAAACUAAAAAGUGCACUUUUGAACGCACCCCCUAAUUACCACAAAUUAGGGACAUGUUCUUUCCCCAUGUCACAACCCACAUUAAGUUUCAGUUGCAGUAAAACAAAUACAAGCCUCCAUCCUGCAUACUACUAUUCUCAUACUAGUUGAAAUCCUAGGAAGUGCAAACUUAGCUCCAAGGCAUGUUAAUGCUGAAUUGUGUUGUUUUUCUGUUCAAAUAUUUUCUCCUAUCUCCACUAAAUAUGCAGAGACAACUAUAAGUAACCCAUUCAAAUGUUAAUUUUCUCAAAAACUGUAACCACUGUGCCUCUGCUGCAAAAAUGUGGUUUGAGUGGCCCAUCCAGCCCAAUACAACAACAACAACAACAUUGACUCAGCCAAUGGCAUACGUUGGGGGUGGGACUAUCUGUUUGUUUAAUUAACAGGACAUGGUGGGCGUAGUCGGAAGGCUGUUUGAAAAUCAUGUUUAUUUUUGCAGUUCUGUUCGGUGGUGCUAGCAGAGCAACACACUGCAGCUUUAAGUCUUGCUAAAAGAAACGGGCAACCACUAGGACAGGAGUGGGGAUCCUUUUCCCUAUUAAGGGUCAUUUGAGUAUCUACAAAAUUAUUUGCGGGCUUACAAUUUCUAAUAGUGGGUUCAAAGUAACGUACACAUUCAGUGCUCACGCA